AAGCUCUCUCAAGCUCUCUUUCUUACCUUUUUCAAACUCUCUCUCUCUCUCUCUCUGAGCUUCUUUUUCAGUAAAAUAAAAAAGUGGCACCAAAACAAUGUGCGGGGGUGCUAUUAUUUCCGACUUUGUGGCCGGAAAGCGUGGCCGGAAGCUGACACCAGAGAACGUGUGGUCCGAGCUUGACACCAUCUCUAACCUUUUUGGCCUAGACAAUAACUACUUCAAUGGCAACAAUAAUACCAACUCCAAUCACCUGUUUAAUCACGUGACUGCAUCUCAAAACCCUAAACGACCCACCACCAAAGUGGCCGUAACAAAAGAUAACAAGGCCCAGAAGAUAAAGAACCGAGCUAAAGAAGAGGAUGAAGAAGGUAGCGAUGGUAGUAGUAGUACUACUAAGAGUGGUCUUCGAGCUCGGAAAAACGUGUACAGAGGAAUAAGGCAGAGGCCAUGGGGAAAAUGGGCUGCUGAGAUUCGAGACCCACAGAAGGGUUCUCGAGUCUGGCUUGGAACCUACAACACAGCUGAAGAAGCCGCCAGAGCUUACGAUGAAGCCGCUAAACGAAUUCGAGGCGAUAAGGCUAAGCUUAACUUCGCCAAACAGCAACCGGCUCCGGCUCGGGUGGCUCCGCCGUUGAAGAAGCAGUGUGUUGUUCCUGAGAUGACUCAGCCGAGUAGUACUACUACUUGUCAAACGAUGACAGAACCACCCCAAACGACGUCGUACUCGUACGCGACUGUUGGGUACGUACCGAUGUUUCAGAACGAACUACUACCGGGUAAUUAUGAUGGGUUCUAUUGUAAAGAUGAGGCGGUUAUGGAGCCGAGCGAGAUGGAGCUGAAUGAGCAAAUUUUGAGCCUGGAAUCGCUGCUGGGUCUGGAGCCGAACAUGGCGCAGACGAGUCAGAUGAGCGGAAGCGGUCAUGAUCAGGAGGUGGAGGAGGAGGGGGCCGAGCCGGUGAGUUUGUGGAUGUUGGACGACGUCGUACCGCAUCAGCAACACAGCCAAAGAAUCCUAUAUUAUUAGGAUAUUUGAGGAACAUAUAUUAUUAUUAUUAUAAUUAUAAUUAAUUAUGUCUAAAUAACGUAAUAUUUGGUGUUGCGUUGCGUGUAGUGUGACUAUGUUGUGUAACCUCAACCCUCUCUGAUUAUUGUCUUCUUGAUUAUUAUGUAUUUUUAAUGUUUUUUUCCCUAAUUAUUGUGUUUGCUUCUACUCGUAAAUAGUAAAUAGUAAAUAGUAAAUAGUACUAUAUAUAUUAUAUAAUUAUGAAAAAUAAAAAAGGCUGAGCUUGCGAGAUUUGCAUGUAUCAGCAUCGUCUUUUGUCGU